AUGUCUACCGCCGCAACUUUUUUUGGUCAGCAGGUUUUGAACCGAGUUUCCUUCUUGAGAUGUUCGAAAGAGUUCAUCAAGAAAUCAUUAAACCAUGACUCUACCGUUUUUAUUCCUUUCAUUGAGGGGGAAGCGCUGAUUUCACCUGAGAAUGGUGAUUUGGUUCAGUUGUCUAAGUCUACAAAUUCCUCUACAAAGAUUUUAUCAACAAUAAUUCCUUUAUACACUACACUUUUGAACACAACUCGAUCAAGAAGCGAUGAGUCUGGUAUCAAUUUAACAUUUUUAGGUCUUCUUGAAAAUACAGAUUCCACGUUUAACUUUGAAUUGUCCAGCAACUCCUAUAAAGGAACACCAUACUUUGGGUUAGAUAUUCGUGUUUCUGAGAGCACUCUCUUCAAGAGUGCCGAUUUCGAGCCAAUCUUUUCCUUCCCGAAGAUGACUAGAGAUCACAUCUUCAAGCAAACAAAUAAAGACGCCUCACUCUACUCACAAGGUAGAAUGUAUUUAGAUUGGCUAGCCAAGUACAAGUUCUGUCCUGGUUGCGGAUCAAAAUUAUUUCCAGUAGACGCUGGAACCAAGCUUCAAUGUUCUAAUGAAAACAAAGGUGUACACUGCAAUGUGAGAGAUGCAAAUGUUAACAAUGUUUGCUUCCCAAGAACCGAUCCAACCGUUAUCAUAGCUAUGACUAAUUCAGACUAUUCGAAGUGUUGUCUUGCAAGGUCCAAAAAGAGACAUGGUAAUUUCGUAUUGUACUCAACAAUUGCGGGUUUUAUGGAACCAUCUGAAACCAUUGAGGAGGCCUGUACUAGGGAAAUAUGGGAGGAAACAGGUAUAUCAUGUAAGGAUAUUGAUAUAGUCCGCUCACAGCCCUGGCCUUAUCCUUGUAGUUUGAUGAUCGGCUGUUUAGGUAUUGUUAAAUUCAAUGGCCAAAAUGAAAUUAUCAACCUGAAUCAUGACGACGAAUUAUUGGAUGCUCAAUGGUUUGAUACAAUAGAAAUCAUUCAAGCUUUGGAUAAGUAUACUGGUGGGUUUCGGGUUCCAUUUAAAAAUGAUAUUAAUUUGCCUGGAAGUACCACCAUUGCCUUCCAAUUAAUCAAACAUGUCUGCGAAAAACACAAAAGAUUACAUUCGACCUCAGCAAGCCAUUUAUAG